AUGGAGAGAUUGGAGGAGGGUACACGGUUCAGUUGUGACGAGGCUAGGGUGCACGGUUCAAGGCUCAGUUGUGACGAGGCUAGGGUGCACGGUUCAAGGCUCAGUUGUGGCGAGGCUAGGGUACACGGUUCAAGGCUCAGUUGUGACAAGGCUAGGGUACACGGUUCAAGGCUCAGUUGUGACGAGGCACACGGUUCAAGGCUCAGUUGUGACAAGGCUAGGGUACACGGUUCAAGGCUCAGUUGUGACGAGGCUAGGGUACACGGUUCAACGCUCAGUUGUGACGAGGCUAGGGUACACGGUUCAAGGCUCAGUUGUGACGAGGCUAGGGUACACGGUUCAGUUGUGACGAGGCUAGGGUACACGGUUCAAGGCUCAGUUGUGACGAGGCUAGGGUACACGGUUCAAGGCUCAGUUGUGACGAGGCUAAGGUACACGGUUCAAGGCUCAGUUGUGACGAGGCUAAGGUACACGGUUCAAGGCUCAGUUGUGACGAGGCUAGGGUACACGGUUCAAGGCUCAGUUGUGACGAGGCUAGGGUACACGGUUCAAGGCUCAGUUGUGACGAGGCUAGGGUACACGGUUCAAGGCUCAGUUGUGACGAGGUACACGGUUCAAGGCUCAGUUGUGACGAGGUACACGGUUCAAGGCUCAGUUGUGACGAGGUACACGGUUCAAGGCUCAGUUGUGACGAGGCUAGGGUACACGGUUCAAGGCUCAGUUGUGACGAGGUACACGGUUCAAGGCUCAGUUGUGACGAGGCUAAGGCACACGGUUCAAGGCUCAGUUGUGACGAGGCACACGGUUCAAGGCUCAGUUGUGACGAGGUACACGGUUCAAGGCUCAGUUGUGACGAGGUACACGGUUCAAGGCUCAGUUGUGACGAGGCUAAGGUACACAGUUCAAGGCUCAGUUGUGAUGAGGUACAUGGUUUAAGGCUCAGUUGUGACGAGGCUAGGGUACACGGUUCAAGGCUAAGUUGUGACGAGGCACACGGUUCAAGGCUCAGUUGUGACGAGGCUAGGGUACACGGUUCAGUUGUGACGAGGCACACGGUUCAAGGCUCAGUUGUGACGAGGCUAGGGUACACGGUUCAAGGCUCAGUUGUGACGAGGCUAGGGUACACGGUUCAGUUGUGACGAGGGUACACGGUUCAAGGCUCAGUUGUGACGAGGGUACACGGUUCAAGGCUCAGUUGUGACGAGGCUAAGGUACACGGUUCAAGGCUCAGUUGUGACGAGGCUAAGGUACACGGUUCAAGGCUCAGUUGUGACGAGGCUAGGGUACAUGGCUCAGUUGUGACGAGGCUAGGGUACACGGUUCAAGGCUCAGUUGUGACGAGGCUAGGGUACGCGGUUCAAGGCUCAGUUGUGACGAGGCUAGGGUACACGGUUCAAGGCUCAGUUGUGACGAGGCUAAGGUACACGGUUCAAGGCUCAGUUGUGACGAGGCUAAGGUACACGGUUCAAGGCUCAGUUGUGACGAGGCUAGGGUACACGGUUCAAGGCUAAGUUGUGACGAGACACACGGUUCAAGGCUCAGUUGUGACGAGGCUAGGGUACACGGUUCAAGGCUCAGUUGUGACGAGGCACACGGUUCAAGGCUCAGUUGUGACGAGGCUAAGGUACACGGUUCAAGGCUCAGUUGUGACGAGGCUAGGGUACACGGCUCAGUUGUGACGAGGCUAGGGUACACGGUUCAAGGCUCAGUUGUGACGAGGCUAGGGUACACGGCUCAGUUGUGACGAGGCUAGGGUACACGGUUCAAGGCUCAGUUGUGACGAGGCUAAGGUACACGGUUCAAGGCUCAGUUGUGACGAGGCUAGGGUACACGGUUCAAGGCUCUAGCUAAAAGCAAGUGCCUUGUUCUUUCCUCCAUUUUCUAAUGACAAAAUGUGUGUUCUGAUCUGAAGAGCGAUUAUCAGUGAGAAUAGCCUUUAAUCUCACCACUCAGUACCAUGGAUAUAGGACGUUUGCAGCUUCAGCAUAUCUCACCCUGUUUUUUUGUUGUUGCAUUGAGCAAAGGUUACUUCUAAAAUGCUGUGGAGGCAUUCUAUUUACAUUAGUCAAAGCCCCGGAAAGAAAAAAAAAGAUGUACAGCUUUUGAAUUUGUAAAACAAAAACGUUAUUCGCCUACAGUUUGUUUUGUAUUUGUCUUUUUAUAUAUGAAUUCUGACUUGACCAAUGUUUUGUGGCCUCACCAAUCAUUUGGCCAUAUUCCUUGUUUCACUGGAUUUAUAAAAGUAGCAGAGCACGGGGUAACAGAUGACAGCGCCCAAUAUCUGGACAACUGCUGUUACCUUUGCCUAUUUCCAUAAAGAAUUAUGGAAAAUGUCAUUAUUUAUAUUGUCUAUGAGUAUUUAAAUAUUUAAAGUUGAGAUGGUUUGGACAAAAGUAGUGUCUGUUUUGAGUCAUUGCUCAUGGUUUGUUUAACAGUUGAUUUUAUUUUAUUGAAAUGUGAAGUAUCUUCUCGGGGCAGUCUACUCGUGGACAUAGUAUGAUUUUACUUUCGGCUCUAGUCUAUUACAGCCCUCUUCGCGAUCUUCGUCAGAAUUCAUUUUUGACCUUCGCGCAUAGAUUGUUAACGCCGCAACUGCACCAGUCAAAUUGUUUUCUUAGCAUAUUUUUUUUCUUCUAGAAGGGUUAGAAGUCAGUAUUUCGGUUGAGAUUUUCUGUAAGCAAAGGCGAAGAGGUAUUGCGUAUCAAUAAGGCGAUGCUCUUUGUAAAACAUGUCCUUUUGCUUAGUUUUCCCAAAUUGUGCCUGAGAAGCAUGUCAUACCUCGAGUGCUCCAGAGUAGCGCAGCGGGUCUAAGGCACUGCGUCUCAGUGCUAGAGGCGUCACUACAGACCCUGGUUUGAUUCCAGGCUGUAUCACAACCGGCCGUGAUUGGGAGUCCCAUAGGG